AUGAAACUUUCUUUGACCUUAUUUCUCGCUGCUUCGGCUCAAGAUUUGGCCGACCAACGAUGUGUAGAUUACAAUCUUGGUCAACGAUGCAAAUCCGAAUGCAAUGGCGCUCUCUUCACUUGCGAGUCUGCUUGUGAUCCCAAUGACUACACCUGCCAAACUCGGUGCCAAUCAACCCACCUCGAUUGCACCAACACCUGUCCUUGUGGCCCUGCUUGUCCUCUCGGGUGUAGUUCUAGCGAUGGCUGCGCUCUUAACAGUUUCUGCUCCUACAGAAGCGUUCUGUUGAUCAAUCACGAGUGUGUAGCUGCUGCUUUCGUCAUCAACACGGAAGAUGAUAGUGUCAAGGGGGCGGCAUUCGACUAUAAUGUUCUCGACAUUGAGGACUCCUGCUCUGUUGUGUUCAGAGGCGAAGCCUUGAUCAUCGGUGGUUAUCAACGACCAAGGCAAAUUUCGAAGCUCAAUGAGUCGGGAACGUGCGGCAUCUCUCACAUGCUUUUGGUGCCAAGUCGUUUCAAAUCAUCAAAACGCCCGAAAAUGAAACUUUCCAUGACAUUUUUUCUCGCUGCUUCGGCUCAAGAUUUGGCCGACCAACGAUGUGUAGAUUACAAUCUUGGUCAACGAUGCAAAUCCGAAUGCAAUGGCGCUCUCUUCACUUGCGAUUCUGCUUGUGAUCCCGAUGACUACACCUGCCAAACUCGGUGCCAAUCGACCCACCUCGAUUGCACGAACACCUGUCCUUGUGGCCCUGCUUGUCCUCUCGGGUGCAGUUCAAGCGAUGGUUGCGCUCUCAACAGUUUCUGCUCCUACAGAAGCGUUCUUCUGAUCAAUCACGAGUGGGUAGCUGCUGCUUUCGUCAUCAACACGGAAGAUGAUAGUGUCAAGGGAGCGGCGUUUGACUAUAAUGUUCUUGACAUUGAGGACUCCUGCUCUGUUGUCUUCAGAGGCGAAGCCUGGAUCAUCGGUGGUUACCAACGACCAAGGCAAAUUUCGAAGCUCAAUGAAUCCGGAACUUGCGGCAUCACUCACAUGAAUGAAAUCCUAACUGUUGAACACAUGGAUGGUAUGUACGGCUCCUGUGGCGUUUUUGACGGAGCGGUCGCUUUAUGCUUCUACGAAAACUCUGAUGACAACAAGGCAUGUUGGACUUAUCAGCCAGGGGAAGAGCAGACCCAGCUUCCAAGUUCUUCUUUCGGCCACGAUUGGGCCGAAAUGGUUACCUUCAAGAACGAACUUGUCACUGUUGGAGGCUGCGAUUCUACUCUCGUCAACAACUGUAACAGCAACACUGAGGUUCUGUACACCGGAAGCGACAGUUGGGUAACUAAAGCUCCAGCGCCUUUCUCUGGAUACAUUCGAGGACAUACCAUGACAGCUGAUGGCGCAGCUGUUUAUCUCAUGGGCGGCAGAACUGUCACUGGAACUCAGAAAAACGUGUUGAUGUACAAAGACAACGUCUGGAGCACCCUCGGCGCGCUGAAUGAAACUGGCGCGACAAUCAGCUCCGCCUUCCAGUUCGGAUACAACUGGUACGUCGGAAACUGCGCGAUCGAAAGGACUACGUAUGAAGAUGGAAGCUUUAAUACCACAACGAUUUAUGGUGGAAAUGGAGGCUGCAGCCUCGAUUUGUACUAUGCUCACUUUGUUGAAAUUCCAACUGGAACUUGCGCAACUUAA